UUCUGGGGUUUUGGUAGUCGCCAUAUUAGUGGUUCUGGAAGGUUUUUCCAUUAAGAUUUACGAAAAAAAUCUAUCAAAAUUUUAUUUUAACGAAAAACAUUGUGAAAUACAUAUAGUUCUUUAAAUUGUUGCAUUAUAAAUUAUUUUAUUCAUUAUAGAGUAGCACAAAAUGAGGAAGGUUAAAAGAACUUAACCAAAGAAUUAUUAAUUAAAAACAAUUAUUACUUUUAACAGGAAUACUUCAUGUGUAGUCUAAUUAGUGUUUAUUUGUGAAUAGUCUUGUAAUAUAAUGUAUUCUAUAACUUAAUUCAUAUUGUGAGUGAAAAUGUCAAUCUUGAUAAAAUUUUUUGCAUAAGCAAAAGCAGUGUUUAAUACUUAAUAAAAUAUGAUGGCUAGUUCCUUUGAUCAUGAGGAUUGGAACGUUUGGUUUUUUGGGGCUAUUAGCCGACAGGAAGCUACCGAUUUGCUUAUGGCUGAACGAGAAGGUGGUGUUUUUCUAGUUAGGGAAAGUAAAACUAGCAGUGGAGAUUAUGUUUUAUGUGUUAAGGAAGAUAGUAAAGUGAGUCAUUAUAUAAUUAAAACAAUUCAACAGAAUGAUCAAAAACAUUAUAAAAUUGGAGAUCAAGUUUUUAAACGUGUGGAAGAUGUUCUUUCAUUUUAUAAAUUACAUUACUUAGAUACUACACCUCUCAUUAGGCCUGCUAGCAAGAAGAUUGAAAAAGUUAUUGCAAAAUUUGAUUUUGAAGGCAAAGAAAAAGAUGAUUUGUGCUUUAAAAAAGGUGAUAUUUUAACAAUAAUAUUUAAAGAUGAGGAACAGUGGUGGACUGCAAAAAAUAGAGAUGGGAAAAAAGGUUCCAUACCAGUACCCUAUGUGCAAAAAAUAGAAGAAGACCAUUCUCCUAUAGAUCUUCCUCGUCCAGGUUCGGGUGGUCCUGUCAGUAAUACAGUUUUACAAGCCGAAGCCGCUAAACGAAAUCAAAUGCAGCGAAAAUUGCCAGCUAAAGCUAGAGUGAAACAAGUUCGAGUUCCAAAUGCUUAUGAUGAUACAGCUUUAAAAUUAGAAAUUGGAGAUAUAAUAACUGUAACAAAAACUAAUAUAAAUGGACAGUGGGAAGGUGAACUGAAUGGUAAAGUGGGAUAUUUUCCCUUUACGCAUGUUGAGUUUUUAGAUGAUGAGAAUGGGAGUUAGUCAUCCAGUUUUAAAUUUUAAAAUAUUUUGCUAAUGUUGUAUAGAGCUCGAAAUUAUUGUAUAUUUAUUAUUAAUUUUAUUUGGCAGUAACACUAAUAUACUAUAUAUUAUAAUCAUUUAUUUAUGAACAAGUAUACAAUUGCGCUGUUAUUGUCAAUUUGUAUUUUUAUUAAUUACAUAUCAAUAUUUCGGU